AUGAAAUUAUUGUGUUAUUACGGAAGUUGGUCUGUCUAUCGACCCGGAGAUGGCAAAUAUCCAGUUGAGGAAAUCGAUCCCUUCCUCUGCAGUCAUUUGAUAUAUGCUUUCGCGGGAUUGGGUCACGACAACCGAAUCCGACCGCUCGACCCCUACAAUGAUUUAAAAGAAAACUAUGGAAAGGGAGCUUUCCUUAGAUUUAAUUCAUUGAAAAAUGUUAACAAAAAUCUAAAGACUUUGAUUGCGAUCGGGGGCUGGAAUGAAGGGUCCAUCAAGUAUUCAAAUAUGGCCGCAAAACCAGAGUCGAGACGAGUUUUUGUCGACAGUGUCGUCGAAUUUAUUGAAAAAUACGGCUUCGAUGGACUGGAUCUGGAUUGGGAGUAUCCGGCGUCCAGAGGAGGCAAACCGGAAGAUAAGCAAAACUUGGUGUCACUUCUUAGAGAACUAAAGGAGGCGUUCACUCCUCGCGGAUAUCUGUUAACCUCUGCCGUGUCAGCCGGCAAAUGGUUUAUAGAGCCCGCGUAUGAUAUCGCAGCCGUCUCUCAAUAUUUGGAUCUCAUUAACAUAAUGUGUUAUGACUAUCACGGGGGUUGGGAGAACAGAACCGGACAUAACGCUCCACUCUAUGCCCGUCCCGACGAGAUUCUUAACGAUAAGAUAUCAAAUGUGAAUUUUUCGAUCAACUAUUGGAUAUCAAAGGGCGCCCCAAGGAAUAAGAUAAUACUGGGAAUGGGAACAUACGGCCGAUCAUUCACUUUACAAAGAGCUGAAGACAAUGGGUUGGGCGCAUCGGCACCACAGAAGGGACAGGCGGGACCCUAUACUAGAGAAGCCGGUUCUCUGGGAUACAAUGAAAUUUGUGAAAUGAAACAAAAUCGUAACCAAUGGACUGAAGUUAGAGAUCGCUAUCAUAUGGCGCCGUAUGCUUAUAGAGACAGACAAUGGGUUGGAUACGACGACAUCGAGAGUAUUUCACUCAAAGCCCAGUAUAUCAAAGCCAUGCAAUUGGCCGGAGGUAUGAUCUGGUCCAUUGAAACUGACGAUUUCAAAGGAAAAUGUGGUGAAAAGUAUCCACUUUUGAAUGCAAUCAAUAAAGUAUUCAAAAGUGAUUCAGUGGUUAUGCCACUCCCACCCCCUCCAGAACCUGAUGCUAAACCUUCAUACAACUACCACAACCACAACUGCCAAGCCUUGGGUUUGGGCUCAAUCAUCGACGACUGGAUCCACCAACUCAUGGUCGACACCCUCAUCAGGCAUAACGUGGUGGCCCAGACCCUCAUCCACACCAUCAUCGACGUGGUGGCCAAAGCCUUCUGUCAGCUCAUCCAUAUGGUGGUCGUCGACGCCCGUGUCAUCGCCUUCGAGUUCGUGGUCGUGGGCGCCAACACAUCCGGUCCAUAG